CUGAAUAGAUGAGGAAGCAAAAAUACUGUACAAGGAAGUAAAAUCAUACAAAAUGCUUUUGACUUAGCUAUGUCGUUGCAACUUUAGAAUAUAUACUGUCAUAGGACAUAAAACAAUUAUGGUAUUAUGGACAGCUAUAUCGGUAUGAAGGGGCAAUGGUUGAAUCCCGUUGCUGUGAGCCAGCCUGGGUCAAUGGACGCGAGGACUUGAACUGUGGAUAAGUUACCUGGCUAGCUACUAACAGACAGCUGAGCUCAUUAGCUAGCACUACAGCUCACACUUGUUGAAAUUGAGCCGUAAUUCUUCAACUUUUGUAUUACCUAGCUAGCUUUCCGGUGCUACCAGGUAUGUCUGCUAGUCUUGCACUAUCAAACUGUAUGAGAUUGAGUCAGUGGCGCGAGCGUAACAUCGUUAUCUUGCCUGCUUCCUUUGAUGUUGAUGAACGAUAAAACACCUGCGCAAACUAGCUAGCUAACCAUCUUUCUAGGAAUGUGUCACCUGAUUUGACUGUAAUCAAACUGAAUAUACAAAAGUUGCAAGUAUAAAGUUUGUAAUUGAAUGGUUAGCUUUCUGUCAUUUAUGCAAUGUAGCCUGACUUGUUUUUGGCCCAUCAGUCCUUCCUUUGAAUGUUUCAAGACUAUCCCCUCAUACUGCAGACUGACCAGACUGUACCCUUGCAGUGGCUAACUGUUGUCUCCUCUCCCUGCAGACUGACCAGAAUGAUUCAUCCAUCUGUCUCCAACAUGGCAUCCUCCAGGUUGAAGUACCUGUCUCUGGGGGUGCUGGUGUUCCAGACCACCUCUCUGGUGCUGACCAUGCGCUACUCCCGCACCCUGCAGGGGGACGGCCCCCGCUACCUGGCCUCCUCGGCUGUGGUGGUGGCUGAGUUCAUGAAGAUCAUUACCUGUUUGCUGCUCGUCUUCAAGGAGCACAGUGAGUGGUCUGGAUAGAGCUGUCCACUUCCCAUCUGUAGUAUAGCAAAAUAAGACUUUGUGUUCAUGUAUACAUUUAGGCCUAGAGGAUGACACAUGAAAGGGUUAGGCAAGUUAUAUCUCGGUAUCUGACUUUCCCUCUAUCUCCCCCUCUGUCCUGUAUGGCCCAGGCUACAGUGUUCGGGCCCUGAGCAGUAUUCUGAGGCAGGAGAUAGCCCACAAGCCUAUAGAGACCCUGAAGCUGGCCAUUCCUUCUGGGAUCUACACCCUGCAGAACAACCUGCUCUAUGUGGCUCUGUCCAACCUAGACGCUGCCACCUACCAGGUAGAACAACCUGUUAUGGAGUGUGUUUACCCCAUAAUGACAAAGUGAAAACCUGUUUUUAGACAUUUUUGCAAAUGUAUUGAAAAUGAAAUACACAAAUACCUAAUUUACAUAAGUAUUCACACCCCUGAGUCAAUGCAUGUUAGAAUCACCUUUGGCAGUGAUUAUAGCUGUGAGUUUUUCUGGGUAAAUCUCUAAGAGUUCCUGGAUUGUACAAUAUUAUUCAAGCUCUGUCAAAUUGGUUGUUGAUCAUUGCUAGACAGCCAUUUUCAAGUCUUGCCAUAGAUUUUCAAGCUGAUUUAAGUCAAAACUGUAACUAUGCCACUCAGGAACAUUCAAUGUCGUCUUGGUAAGCUACUCCAGUGUAUAUUUGUUCUUGUGUUUUAGGUUUUUGUCCUGCUGAAAGGUGAAUUUGUCUCACGGUGUCUAUUGGAAAGCAGACUGAACCAGGUUUUCCUCUAGGAUUUUGCCUGUGCUUAGCUAUAUUCCAUUUAUUUUUAUCUGAACAAAAACUCCCUAGUCCUUGCCAAUGACAAGCAUACCCAAAACAUGCAACCUGGUCUCAUAGACUAUACAUAAGAUAGAGAAUGUAAAUCUGGGACACUCAAAUUAGUAUGAUAUGUUAAAUUUGGCAUGGUUACAUUAGACAGACGGUUACUUAAGGCAAAAACGAAAGGACGCAAACGUCUAGCAACCUAAAGGUUGCGUGUUCAAAUUUCAUCACGGACAACUUUAGCACAUUAGCUGCUUUUUAACUUAUUUUUAGCUAUUUUGCAACCAUUUAGCUAUUUUGUUCCCUCCAGAAAUGUAGGAGCUGAGCAAAUUUCAGGUCUGCUGAGUGCAAACUUGAACGUUGUAAAAAUUCUUUGCAACUUCUAGUGCGCGUUUACUGUGAAUACUGAGGCUGUUUAACAGUGGCCAAGUAGGCUACUGUGGCUAUUUGAUCAUAAUGUAGGCCUACCAGAGUGGCCUACCAUCAAAAACAAUGGAGAAAAUGCAUCCCAUAACAUUUUUACAUGGACAUAGCUGUUCUAUCAUUCAGCCUACAGUAGCAGCCAAUGUGUGGUGUUCAAUGUAGGCCUACAUUCCAUUAGACUUUUGAAAGAAACCUGCAGGGCUUGACAUUAACCUGUUUAUCUACUUGUCCUUCAGACAAGGAGGUGACUGAAAAUGUGUUGUUGUUUGGUGCAAGAAACCACUUUACAAAAUGAAGUGCAUUAUUAAUCCCGUACCAUUAUUACAGAGAAUAAGACAAAUUAUGCUACCCUCUGCCUAUUGGUUACUUAGCUUAUUCAAGCCUGUCUCAAAAUUCAACAAUGCCCCUUUAAGACAAAAAAAAAAAGCUCUUUACCUGACUAUUUUUUUUCAAAGAUGUCUAGAAAUGUACACGUUUUGUGCUCUUGUAGGAAGCAAUCACUCCCCUGUUGCUGACUAUAAAGUAUCUAUAACUGGGCUAAUAACUCACUAACUAGCAAAGGAUAUUAACAAAAUGUGCACACGUUGCUACAUGCAGCGCUCUGAUCUCGAAACAAGCAGCAUUUACUCAUGCUGUAAACACAGUCCAGUUCAAAGUAAAUGGCACCGAUCCAUAUGUAGCAAUGGUCUAUUUGCAUAUAGGCCUACUGCAGCUCUGAUUGUUUAUGCCGCACCGGUCUGUGUAGAAUACAUGCAUGUCAAUGCAAUAGAAUCCUACUCUGAUGCGUUCUGCCUACAACAAAAUCUCUUGCAUAGUUAGUUUUGUUUCGGUAUGUUGCAUUGAAAGUGGCUAAUAUUGUGUUGAUUCGAUCACAAUUGCCGCAGUGAAGGGAAACGUUGAUAGUGUUAACGGGAAAACUCUAGAACAGUGGUCACCAACGUUUUCUGAGUCAAGAUCACUUUCUGAAUCAAAAUGCAAGCCAAGAUCUACCACUCAGAUUUUUUUUUAACAUUACUUAAAAAACGUAAGCCUAUGCAACAUUAACCAAUUAAAAACAGUACUGUAACAAUGAGGUUUGUGCAGUAAGCUAUAGGCCCAAUACAUUAUCACCACAUAUUGCCCUGCCAAUGCAUUGUAGUUCGGGACAUAAAAAAAAAACAUAUAUUUCAACAUUUGAGGUAGGCUAUAUGAUCACACCGGUAAUAGAUCCGUUGUUGUAUUACUUGUGAGGCACAGCUGAGUGAGCAUACAUUUAAAUAAUGUGCUUUUUAUUUGUAUUUUACUGGGUUGAUGGUGCCUGCAUCUGAUGGUCAGUCUCAUCGGAGGGAGAGAGCAGCAGACUGAGAGCCGCCUCUUAACAUCCCUCCGCUCUCCCAUGCCAAAAAGGGACAGCGUCGUCCAGCUGAUGGUGAAACUCGAGUCGCACCUCAUUAUUUCUGCCUCAUGCACAAAUUCAUGUUGUUACUCCUAUGAACAGAGAAGUGAAAUAAUCCUCAAUAUUAAAAAAGACCCAAGCUGCUAAUAAUAACAACAACGCAAGCCUAUAGAUACACUUUCCUACUCAUUCAUUACUGCUGCAGUGCUUGUUGUAGCGCUGAGUGGAAAUAGGAAGAACGCACAUUUUAUGGUUUAUAAAAGUGUUAAAUACAAAGUGUUGACAGUGCUUAGUAAGAACUUAAACAUGAACUCACUCAUAAAACAGCAUCUCUUUGCUGUAUUCGUUGACAGUCUCUCUCUAGUCAUGGUUUUAAAAGUUUUGAAAUCUCACAGUACAACUUUGCUGUAGCUUUCUUUUAUGCCUGCUACGUUACUGCAGACACGGUCAUCUGAGCCAUCCGAUUGGCCAGCGGUAGGCCUAUAGUGCACUUGAUUUGUUCUCCGGGCCCGCCGGGAAGGCAUAGUUUGUACCUUCAGACACCUGAAAUGGUUCAAAAUGGCAACAGUUCACCUACUUCUCUCUGUGGGCUGAUAUUUCUUCUUAGAGGGAACAUUGUUUGCAACUACUUAGCAUGUUAGCUAACCCUUCCCAUAACCGUAACUUUUAACAUAACUCCUAACCUUAACCCCCUAGCCUAGCUAACCUUAGCCAGCUAGCUAACAUUAGCCACAACAAAUUGGAAUUCGUAACAUAUCAUACGUUUUGCAAAUUCAUAACAUAUUGUACAUAUAGCAAUUCGUAACAUAUUCUAUGAAUUGCAAUUCGUAAAAUUUCAUACGAAUUGUAAUUCGGAACAUAUCAUAUGAAAUGGAUGAUGGACAUCCACAAAUGAAUACAUACCAUACGAAAUGUAAAAUAUAUCAUACUAAAUGGAGUGUCUCGGAUUUACGUGUACAGAAGAAUACGAAAUGCUCUGAGACCAGGUUGUAACAUGAUGCAGCCACCACCAUGCUUGAAAAUAUGAAGAGUGGUACUCAGUGACAUGUUGAGUUGGAUUUGCCCCAAACAUAACGCUUUGUCUUCAGGAUAUAAAGUUCAUUUCUUUGCCACAUUCUUUGCUGUUUUACAUAUCCUUAUUGAAAACAGGAUGCAUGUUUUGGAAUAUUUUUAUUCUGUACAGGGUUCCUUCUUUUCACUCUGUCAUUUAGGUUAGUAUUGUGGAGUGACUACAAUGUUGUUGAUCCAUCCUCAGUUUUCUCCUAUCACAGCCAUUAAAGUCUGUAACUGUUUUGAAGUCACCAUUGGCCUCCUGGUGUAAUCCCUGAGCGGUUUCCUUCCUCUCCGGCAACUGAGUUAGGAAGGACGCCUUUGUAGGGACUGGGUGUAUUGAUACACCAUCCAAUGUGUAAUUAAUAACUUCACCAUGCUCAAAGGGAUAUUCAAUGUCUGUUUUAUUUUUAUUUUUUACCCAUCUACCAAUAGGUGCCCUUCUUUGCGAGGCAUUAGAAAACCUACCUGGUCUUUGUGGUUGAAUCAGAUAAUUGUGUAUGUGUAGGGUACAGAGAUGAGGUAGUCAUUCAAAAAUCAUGUUAAACACUAUUAUUGCACACAGAGUGAGUCCAUACAACUUCUUAUGUGACUUGUUAAGCAAAUCUUUACUCCUGAACUUAUUUAGGCUUGCCAUAACAAAUGUGUUGAAUACUUAUUGACUCAUUUCAGCUUUUCAUUUUGUAUUCAUUUGUUACAAUUUUGAAAAACAUAAUUCCGCUUUGACAUUAUGGGGUAUUGUGUAGUGACAAAAAAAUCCCAAUUUAAGCAAUUUUAAAUUCAGGCUGUAACACAACAACAUUUGGAAAAAGUUGAGGGGUGUGAAUACUUUCUGAAGGCACAAUUUGUGUCUGGGGUAGUAUACUUUUUAUGGUUUCUAAAUGGUGUCCCCUGUUUUCCCCUUGUCUCUCUCCACCAGGUGACCUACCAGCUGAAGAUCCUUACCACAGCUCUGUUCUCAGUGUCCAUGCUGGGCCGGAGGCUGGGUGUGUACCAGUGGCUCUCCCUGCUCAUCCUCAUGGCUGGGGUCGCGCUUGUGCAGGUAAACUCUACUCCAUCUCCUUUUCAAUCCACUUUUUUAAAACCUGCAUUUUACACACUCCAGUGUGUUUGAGUGCAAGUGUGUUUGUAUGUUUAUGUUUGUGUUUGUGUGUGUGUGUGUAUGUAUGUGUAUCCAAUGUCUAGUGGCCCUCUGAGUCCCCCGGGGCCCCUGAGAAGGAGCAGCUGUCUGCAGGGUCCCAGUUUGUGGGUGUGGCGGCGGUGCUGGUGGCCUGCUUCUCCAGUGGCUUUGCUGGCGUUUACUUUGAGAAGAUCCUCAAAGAGACCAAACAGAGUGUCUGGGUCCGCAACAUCCAACUGGGUCAGUAUGAAACGUUUUAACUAUACUAGGGUUGUCUUGCAAUAAGGGCACUUGUUCCAGUUUUCCAUCCCAGAAUUACUCUGUUAUUAUCAAAGAUAUAUUAUUUAUGACAGAGCUCUAGUACUGUAUCUCAACCGUGUCUUUGAAAGGAGUUUUUAGUGUUCCUUCCUCCUCACUGCACAAAAACCCUGCGUUUUUCUCUCAGCUCCUUUUGUGCGAAAUGAGUCUUCCUGCUGAGUUUAUUUUUACAGCUGAACAUGUGAAGCGUAUGUUAAUUAUCCUGUGACUCAUUUCCUGGUAUGAACUGCAUUCAUCCUCAUACACAUUGCAUGAGAGUAGUGUUUUAGCAUUAAUGUCUAUGGAUGUAGACAUUGUUUUUUUUAUUUCCAGUCAAACACUGCAGGUGUUAUUGUUUUUGAUGAAAGCUGGCAGGUUUACGUUUAAUCCACGUUCCUAUCAUUCAUAGUCAGUUCAAACUCUCAUAUCAUCUGACCUGUUUGUGUGUAGGAAUAUUUGGCCUGGUGUUUGGUCUGAUGGGGAUGUUUGCGUACAAUGGGGAUAGAGUCCAAGAAUCUGGGAUGUUCCAGGGAUACAACACAAUCACCUGGAUAGUGGUGGCUCUGCAGGUACAUCUCACUAUAAUUGUUUUACUUCACCUGUCAGCUAUAGGUGUACUGUUAGUUCGCAAUAUACACAUUUGGAGAAAUAGUGUACGGUUUUAAGUGAAACGGCUUGCACUGUUAAUCAUGUUGAUUGAAUAUUGCCUUUCCUCUUGACUAAGAUGCUACUGCUUUAUCUCGUUUCAAUUGUGUGAGCUUAGUAGUAUUAUAGUGUCCCUUUGCCCACUGCUCAUCUAGUCCAUGUCUGGUGUGUGUUUCUCUAGGCACUAGGAGGGCUGGUUAUAGCAGCUGUCAUCAAGUAUGCAGACAACAUCCUGAAGGGCUUCGCUACGUCACUCUCCAUCAUUCUGUCAACACUCAUAUCCUACUUCUGGCUGCAGGACUUCGACCCCUCUAGGUUCUCACACACACACAUUGUCUCUUGAGCCGGGUAAUUUUAAUUUCCUAAUUGAAUGUCCCUUGGCUCUGACACGUGUAAUGCUGUGUCUUGUCUUGUGUCCUCUCCAGUGUGUUCUUCAUGGGUGCAGUGCUGGUCAUCGUGGCCACCUUCCUGUAUGGCUACGAGGGCAAGCCAUCCCCCAACCCCAGUCGUGCC